AUGGCCCACGUGGCUGGGAGCUUCCUGCUGCAGUUGGCACUGCAGGUUGAACAUCUCCUGCCGCAGGAUAAUGCCACGGUGCUUUGCUCCCCCGGCGAUGAGGCUCGCGCUGAAUACUGGGCAUUUGGCCAUGGCCACUGGACGAUGAAGGAGGGCUGCGCCGUGGCACAUCGAAAAAAGGACUUUGCCUACUGGAGCAGCACCUGGGCUGCUGGCCUCACGGCACUGAAAGGCAGUCCCAGCUACAAGGAUCCUGCCAUCCACACAGCCGACGGGGUGUACAUUUUCGAUGCUGAGUUCUGCACAGUGAAUGGCUUCUUGGAUUUGCCGAACAAGGCGCAGCUGUUGCAGAACUACUCCGCCAUCAUGGAGAUGGAGGAGCGCGCCUGCAAUUCCGAGCCUCUGCAGUCCCUGUCUGCGAGUGCUCAUACCUCAGCCCUUCGAGAGGCGGUCGCCAUGUUCAAUGCCGAGGGAGAGAAAGACGCGGCCAUUCGAGGGGCACCCUUCUUGGAGACUGGCGUCCUGGAGCGCGUGAACGCUGAGCACUGCACCAAACGAAGGUACAGCUGCAUGAUACAUUUCUGCUUAAACAACUUCUGCAAGCUGAGUGAUGGCCGAGUGGGGCAGGGCUGCCAAUGCCGCAAAGACUUCAGAUUGAUGCCGGUGCCUACGUCAGGUAGGGUUUAA